AUGCCUCGAGACCAACUGGAACACCCUUCUAGAAUGAUAUUCGCCCGAUCCCCUCAUCAAUGUGGUGGUGGCGUUUCGCUUCGAGAAGGUUCGAGAUCAGCCAGAUGCCGCCAACUGCUGUCUUCCCCACCCGUUUACUUCUCACAGAGAUCCAAGAAGAACAGCACGAAACAGCAGUACCAGAGACAAUACAUAGAACCAAUAAUCAUGGCAGCAGUCGAGGGAGAAAGCAUCGGCAUCGACCUGGGCACGACCUACUCUUGCGUAGGCGUGUGGCAAAAUGACCGCGUUGAGAUCAUCGCCAACGACCAGGGCAACCGCACGACUCCGUCCUACGUGGCCUUCACCGAGACGGAGCGCCUGAUCGGCGACGCCGCCAAGAACCAGGUGGCGAUGAACGCCACCAACACUGUCUUCGAUGCCAAGCGACUGAUCGGCCGCAAAUUCACGGACCCGGCCGUGGCCUCUGACAAGAAGCACUGGCCCUUCAGUGUGGUCGCGGGUCCUGGUGGGAAGCCCACGAUCGAGGUAUCUUUCAAGGGAGAGAAGAAGCAGUUCGCGCCUGAGGAGAUAUCUUCGAUGGUGCUGGUCAAGAUGAAGGAGAUUGCCGAGGCCUACCUUGGCAAGGAGCUAGAGGUGAAGAACGCGGUGAUCACCGUGCCCGCGUACUUCAACGACUCCCAGCGCCAGGCGACCAAGGACGCCGGAUCCAUCUCGGGCCUCAACGUGAUGCGCAUCAUCAACGAGCCGACCGCCGCGGCCAUCGCGUACGGCCUGGACAAGAAGGGUGAGGAGCGCAACGUGCUCAUCUUCGACCUGGGCGGGGGCACCUUCGACGUGAGCGUGCUGACCAUCGAGGAGGGCAUCUUCGAGGUGAAGGCAACGGCGGGCGACACCCACCUGGGCGGAGAGGACUUCGACAACCGGAUGGUGGACUACUUCCUGCAGGAGUUCAAGCGUAAGAACCGGAAGGACAUGAGCACCAACCAACGCGCUCUCCGACGGCUCCGCACGGCGUGCGAGCGCGCGAAGCGGACCCUCUCGUCGUCCACCCAGGCUCACAUCGAGAUCGACUCGCUGUUCGAGGGAAUUGACUUCAACUCCACCAUCACUCGCGCCCGGUUCGAAGACAUGAACCAGGACUACUUCCAGAAGUGCCUGGCACCCGUCGAGAAGGUGGUGAAAGACGCCAAGAUGUCCAAGGGCCAGAUCCACGAGGUGGUGCUGGUGGGCGGUUCCACCCGUAUUCCCAAGGUGCAGCAGAUGCUUUCCGAGUUCUUUAACGGCAAGGAGCCGUGCAAAUCCAUCAACCCCGACGAGGCCGUCGCGUACGGCGCCACCGUCCAGGCCGCCAUCCUCUCUGGCAAGGACAAGUCGGACAAGCUGGACUCGCUCCUGCUCCUAGACGUGACCCCGCUCGGGCUGGGGCUGGAGACGGCCGGCGGCGUCAUGUCGGUGCUCAUCAAGCGUAACACCACGGUGCCGGUAAAGAAGUCGCAGGUGUUUUCGACCUACGCGGACAACCAGCCGGGUGUGCUGAUCCAGGUUUUCGAGGGCGAGCGUAGCAUGACCCGCGACUGCAACCUCCUGGGCAAGUUCAGUCUGGACGGGAUCCCGCCCAUGCCCCGGGGCCAGCCGCAGAUCGAGGUGACGUUCGACAUCGACGCGAACGGCAUCCUGAACGUGCACGCCGUAGAGAAGUCCACCGGCAAGGAGAACAAGAUCACGAUCACCAACGACAAGGGCCGCCUCAGCGCUGACGAAAUCGAGCGCAUGGUGGAGGAGGCCGAGCGCUACAAGGCCGAGGACGACGUCCAGAAGAGCCGCGUGGAGGGCAAAAACUCGCUCGAGAACUACGCCUACUCGAUGCGCAACACCAUCAACGACGAGAAGGCCAGAAGGCGUGUUGUUUCAGCCAAGGUUGCCUCGAAGCUGGACGCGGCCGACAAGACGACGGUCGAGAGCAAGAUCUCCGAAACGAUCGCGUGGCUCGACGGUAACCAGUCCGCCGAGAAGGAGGAGUACGAGGAGAAGCAGAAGGAGCUGGAGGCCGUGUGCAACCCCAUCAUCCAGAAGAUGGCCGGCGGCAUGCCAGGCGGUAUGCCCGGCGGCAUGCCCGGAGGGAUGCCCGACAUGAACGGCGCCGGCUUCCCCGGGGCUGGAGGAGCACCAGCUCCCGACGCGGACGCGGACGCCGGCCCCAAAAUCGAGGAGAUCGACUGAACGAAAAAUAUUGGAAGACGAAACUGAAAACGGUGCUUGCUACAAAGUUUAUGAAUUAACACGUUUGUGUUGUGUUUUUCGUGAAUUGUCUGAGUGGGCGGCGAGGGGACAGGGCCAUUCCCACAGAGUGAGCGAUGAUUUUUUUGCUGAGUAGGGGAGGGGGGGGGUAGCGCCCAAUCCCUACGCAGGUAAAUUUUGGGCGUGUUUCAGUCAUUCUGGCUCGAAUGACUCAUGAGUUGAUUCGUGUCGUUUUGAUCUGCACAGAAAAGCGACGAGGACGCGACGGGUUCGACGAGGAGUGGAAGGGUGGGAAAACUGGCAACUUGCAGAUCUGCUUUUUUGUUUCUGGGAUUUCAAAGGUUCACGAGUGCUGAUGCCAAUUUAGACAAAUGGCGGGUGGAGGAGUACGCAGGUACGAGUGGAACCUUCACCUUGUUUGUUUUAGAUAACCGAGUUUCAUGCGACCGAGCGCAUAUGCUCGAGCAGGCUCACAUAAAGGAAUUAAAUUGUCGCUGGGCUUUCUCAAACACCCGUCUUCCCCAUCUGGUCGAACAAUGGGGCACAGGAUGCGUCCCCUUUUUUGUUGGGAAGUUGUCCUGCAAUCACGCAAGGUGUCCGUGUCAAUUGGACAGGUACACGCAGGUGCGGGUGUAGACUAGAAGGUACUGAGCAGAAAAACGGAGCGGGUAAGCUUGUAGUCUAAGGCCCAAUAAAAAAAAACGAUGCUGCCCUUCUCCCGCAUUUAGGAUACAAACGAUCUCCGAAGAGCCUUGCCCAAUGAACCAUCCAACGGCCCGGACGAACGUAUUGCGUUGGCGUGCAUCUUUUUCCACGAGACGUCCUACUCUAAAUCAGGAUAUGACCCA